AUGCAGGUGGAUAGUUGGAGCGAGGAGGAAGACAAGAUACUGAUUCAGGCGCACUCACAGCUGGGGAACAGGUGGGUGGAGAUCGCCAAGCGGCUUCCAGGACGCACGGAGAACUCCAUCAAGAACCACUGGAACACCAACAAGCGGCGGCAGUCUUCUCGUCGAACAUGCCGGAAGUCGAAGGACGCCAAGCGGAGCACGCUCCUGCAGAACUACAUCCGAAGCUUGAACCUGACCUCGUCACCUCCGCCGAUGGAAAGCAGCAGUAAGAAUGGCAUGCAACGUGAAGCCGUCAACGUGCAGGGAGACGGUGAUGGCGACCGCUUCCUUCAUGGCUGGGGCCUCGGCGAGGCCCCCGAGAUGCUGCUGGAUUCCAGGAUGCUGCCUGACACGGAUGAUAUGAUCAGUUGUCUCUUCGAUCAGCUGGGAUGCAGCGUUAGGAUUGGGAAAGUGUGUGACGCCGCGACGACGUGGGACGGCGUUCCGCCGCUGGUGAUACCGAGCGAGGAUGUGAAGAGGGAUGUAGACCUGUUGGAAAUGAUCGCCAUGAACAGCAGCAGCAGCAGAGAGUAG